AUGAGGUCGUGUGCCGCUCUCCCUUUGGCAGCGUUGCUGGUGCUGCUCACGCUGAGCGGUAUGGCAGAGGUGGCCCAGGCGCAGGGUCUACCCGGUCUGCUCACGCUGCAGAUGAAGGGGUACAUGUCUUACAGCGCCAGUUCCCUUUCAAGCUCUGGCAUAGAAGUUACGUACUUUACUACGGAGGAAGUGUGCUUCGACGCUGGCGGCGUCCCGGCCAGCGACGCGAACACUCUGUUGAGCAACGAGGUCGCGUACUGGAUGACUGUCAACGGUGGCGGAAGGGAUAGCACUAUCUACACUGGCUCCAGCGCGGCGCCGUCCCUGCCCAACACGAACUGUGCAGAGCUCGUCCCGGGAGAUACAGCACCGAACAGCGACAACUGCUACUACCGCUGGCGCUACGGCUUCUACGACAUGUACUCAUACAACGGCGAGCCCGGUACGGCGUACUGGGUCGGCCUCUACCGGCGGAAAACCGGAUCCAGCCAGAUUCUCAAUCAGUUCCAGCAAUUCACCUGGAACCCGGAUCACCCGGCCGACAAGCCGUACCCGCGUGGGUACUUUGGUGGCGCCGCCAGCUACGAUACCGCGACCAACAGGCUCCUUCGCAUGGACGCGCCGCUGCUGCCAAAGAACAAUGACCCGUACCCGACGGGAAAGUACAUGAUGGUAUGUGAGUACCAGCUCUAUCCGGUGCGUCCCCCUGUCACCACCCGCAUGCCGCAGCCGCAGUUUGUGAAUGGCUUCAAAACUCUCACGUGGGCACAGUUGCACUGGUGGCUCAUCUUCCUGAUCGUCGCUGUCAUCGUUCUGGUCAUCCUCUUCGCCAUCGUCAUCUACUGCUGCUGCACCUCGAUAAAGCCGAAGGAGGAACUGCCACUGUUCCAGAUGGUCAUACGCGAGCGCGUUGGCAAGGCGUACGUGGUCAGCGACCAGCCGCCCACGAUGACACAGCAGCCAUAUGCCGUACCGGGUUUGGCGCCGCAGCAGCAUAUGCUGUCGCCCGAGCAAGAGGUGCAGCGUCGCCAGAUGCGCUACGGUCGCGGUUUUAAUCCGAACCAGCAGGAAGAUACGGAGGACGCAACCAUGGGUGCGACUGGCAUCUACAGCGUUGGAGAGCGCCGCCAGUACGCAGGCGGCACACAGUCAGAGAACCCCGUGGGCAACCUCAUCCAGAGGAAUUUUGACGAGGGCGAGAGUACCCUUCCGCCUGAAGGACCGCAAUCAGGUAUGGAGGAGAAGGACGAAGAAGGCGCCUACCAGGAGCCCAGUGCUGUUCUGUCGACGCGUCGCAGCAGCCGUCGCAACCGUGGCCGCAGCAUUUCGCAGACCUUUGGUGAUGUUGAGAUGCCGCAGGCUGGCGAGAUUGAUGAGAGCGAUGUGAACCUGUAA